UUUUUUCCCCCCUUUCUGACAGUACUUAUUUUUUCUUGUCAUGUUUGGAACGCAAAAGAUCAAACAAUCGAUCGCGGUGCCGCGUCGAUUAACGAUUGCCCUUCUGGCGCUCGGCUUUGCAGCAGCCCUGCUCUUCUUGGCCUUGUCUGGAGCAGGCACAAUCAGCCCUAAGCCACCGUCGGAUGAAACGUUGACGGUGCAGUACCAGUGCCAGCAACACAACUGGUGGGCAAAGCGAACCAGCCUGCGAGUCCCGCCGCCGGAACAACAGCCACAACCCACUCCACAGACACUCAAGGAUGCGCUCGGAAAAUCCAUCACGCCCAUCAAGCCGGCGUGGGUGCGCGUCGAUGUGCGCGGCACGGAUACGCACGUGCCACCCGCACCAGUUGUCAACGCAUCCGUUGCCCGAGCGCCUCUUGGUGCGUUUGUACCGCGUGAUGCCCUCCUUCAGACCACUGGGCUGCAGUGCCUUGUGCUCCAAGACCACCAGUCGCUUGCCGAGCAGUUCCAUGGAUUUUGGGACGGACCGAUGGGCCAGUCGUUGCCACCGCUCUAUCUCAGCGCCAUCUCGACCGUCUUCCGCCAGCACCCCGACUCGACCUUCCUUGUGCACUCCAACACACUGCCGCUCGACCAGUUUGACUCGCUCCGCGCAAUGGGCUUUAACAUUGCCGUCGUCCGAUUCGAUGCAGAACGCGCGCUGACCUACGGCAAGCUCCCCGGCCUGCGGUGGCUGCGGGAGGACCGCGUCCGCCAUGCAGAGCACCGCAACAUUCGCACACAUACAUCGGACUUGAUGCGAACCAUCUUCAUGUACCAAUGCGGUGGCAUCUACCUCGAUCUCGACUCGGUCCUGCUGCGCCCGCUGCACUUCCUCAACCGCGCCAUCACAAUGGAGCCGAUGCGGCCCGACCACCUCCGUGUGCAGUACAUUAAAAUGAGCGCACCCACCUCCAUGCUGUCCUGCAAUGAGGGUGUUGUUGUUCGGCCAGAGCCAGUCGGGCAGGACGGCUCGAUGACUCUUUCGCCCUACAUUCUUCACGGCGACUUUGCCCUUGUGCCCGGAGUGCUGGCAUUCGGCCCGCGCGACAACUUUAUCUACAUGAUGAUGCAAGUCUUUGACGAAGCCUACGAUCCCAGUUGCUUUAGCUGCGUUGGUCCGAUGGCGGCCAACAAGGCGUACAUGGCUUCGACUCCGGCCGAGAAGAUUCGUCUGCAGCUCUACCCCGCCGACGUCAUGUUCGGUCCCAACUGGAGCGGGGUGCUGGACAAGAACGAGGAGUUCUGGGUCACCACUACCGAGGAGCGCGCUCGCAUCUUGAUCAACGACGCCGCCGCACGCGGAUUCACGCAGCACUUGUACGGCUCGGGCCAGGGUGCGCCAAAGUUCGACCGAAACAGCUACAUCCACAGGCUGCUUCUUACCUUCCAGUUGCUUCCGUUGCCAGACGUGUGGAGCCCCGAGCAGCCACAGCAGCAGCAGCCGCCUGCAGUCUUGAGCUCUGAAGUUGUCGAUCCGAAUGAGCUUGAUUCAUGAACGCUCUCACUUGUCAUUGUUUGCAUGCAACUUCAUUUCAGUUUUAUUCCAUGUAUCAUAUCUUUGUCGUGUGUAUGUGUUGUGCUUUGUGUGUUGUUUCCUGGAGUUGCACGACACUGUACAGUAGAAUCAUCAUUCUUGUUCUGUGUCGC